AUGGCUGAUCGAGUGCUUGUGAUUGGCAGUGGAGGCAGAGAGCAUGCGCUCGCCUGGAAGUUGGCCCAGUCCCCACAUGUAAAACAAGUGUUUGUUGCUCCAUGAAAUGCAGGAACAGCUGACAAUGGAAAAAUUUCCAAUUCAGCUGUAUUAGUGAGCAAUCACACUAUUGUUACCCAGUUCUGCAAAGAUCAUAACAUCGGACUUGUGUUAGUUGGACAAGAAGCUCUUUUGGCAGCUGGGAUUGUUGAUGACUUGAGAGCAGCAGGAGUUAGGUGUUUUGGACCAUCUGCAAAAGCAGCCCAGCUGGUGUCCAACACCAGUUUUGCCAAAGCCUUUCUGGAUCGACAUGGGAUCCCAACAGCAAGAUGGAAAGCCUUCACCAAUCCCCAGGAAGCUUGUAGGUUUAUUAUCAGCACAGACUUCCCUGCACAAGUUGUACGGGCGAGGGGCCCUGCUGCUAGAAAAGAAGUGACUAUUGCAGCCAGCAAAGAGGAAGCCUGCAGAGUUGUCCAAGAGAUUAUGCAGGACAGAAUGUUUGGAGAGAUGGUUGUUAUUGAAGAACUUCUUCAAGGGGAAGAACUUUCUUGCUUGUGCUUCACGGAUGGUGUCACUGUUGCCUCAAUGCCCCCAGCCCAGGCCCACAAACGGUUAUUGGAUGGUGACCAAGGUCCAAACACUGGAGGGAUGGGAGCCUAUUGCCCAGUUCCUCAGGUUCCAGAAGUUCUUCUAGAGAAAAUCAAUGAUGCUGUCCUUCAACAUGUUGUUGAUAGUAUGAGACAAGAAGGAACAGCAUAUGUAGGUGUGCUGCAAACAGGUUUAAUGCUUACCAAAGAUGGUGUGAAAAUUUUAAACUUUAAAUGUCAGUUUGGUGACCCUCAGUGCCAGGUAAUUCUUCCACUGCUUAAAAACGAUUUUUAUGAAGUGAUUCAAGCAAUAAUUGAUGGCAAACUCUGCAGCUUCAUGCCAGCCUGGUCAGAAAAUACUACAGCUGUGUGUGUGGUCAUGGCAAGUCCAGGUUACCCAGGAGACUAUGACAAAGGCAUGGAGGUAACAGGGCUGCUGCAAGCCAGAGAGUUAGGGCUGGAGGUGUUCCAUGCUGGCACAACGCUGAAGGAUGGCAGAGUGGUGACAAGUGGUGGCAGAGUCCUUUCCAUUACUGCUGUUAAGGAGGACCUGAUGAAAGCACUGGGAGAAGCCAACAGGGGUGUAGCGGCCAUACAUUUCAAGGGUGCCACUUACAGGAAGGACAUUGGCCAUCGGGGUAUACGGCUUCUCAAACAGUCUCUGGGUCUAAUAUACAAAGAGAGACAUGUGGAAGCUGUAACCUGUGAUGUUUUGUUUCAUCAGCCAGAAACAUCAGUUGUAAGUGGUACCAGAUCAGGCAGUCAUUCAGAAGUAGGAGGCUUUGCUGGUUUCUUUGACUUGAAAGCAUCUGGUUAUGAUGAUCCUAUCUUGGUAUCUCAAACUAAAGGCCUUGGACCUAAACUGCAGAUUGCACAAGUGUGUAAGAGACAUGACACCAUAGGUCAGGACCUGGUUGCCAUGUGUGUCAAUGCCAUCCUGGCUCAAGGAGCAGAGCCUCUCUUCUUCCUCAACUAUUUUGCCUGUGGCAAACUUGAUGUUGAAGUGACAGAAACAAUCAAAGAAGGAAUAGCUGAAGCUUGCAGAAAUGCAGGAUGUGCUUUUCUGGGGAAGGAGAUGGCUGAGGUGACUGGCAUGUAUUCUUCUGGCAUGUAUGACCUGGCUGGCUUUGUGGUUGGUGCAGUGGAGCGAGGGCAGAUGCUUCUGGGGCUGCAGAGAGCUGAUGAGGAGGAUGUGCUUAUUGGACUGGCCUCUUCCGGGAUUCAUGGCCGUGGCUUUAGCAUCAUAAGGAAGAUUCUCUUAAUGUCCUCCUUACACUACUCCUCACCAGCGCCUGGCAGUUGUGGUGACAAGACUCUAGGAGAUAUAUUGCUGACCCCGGCAAAAAUGUACAGUCCAUCUUUGCUGCCUGUCCUUCGCUCAGGGCACGUGAAGGCUUUUGCCUUCAUUGCUGAGGAAGGCUUGCUGGAAGGCAUCUCCAGAAUCCUGCCAGAACAUGCCAGCGCUAUCCUAGAUGCUCUCAGUUGGAGAAUUCCUGAAAUCUUUUGCUGGCUUUAUAAAGAGGGAAACCUCUCUGAGGAGGAGAUGGCUCAGACAUUUACUUGUGGGAUCGGUGCUGUCUUGGUUGUGCAGAAGGACCUGGCUCAGCAUGUUCUUAAGGACAUACAGAGACAUGAGGAAGCUUGGCUGAUUGGGAAGGUUGUUGCCCCUUGUUACACAGGAGGUUCUGACAUCAAAGUUGAGAAUCUUCUUGAAGCUCUGCAGCCGAGCAGCCCCCAGCAUCUGCUGAAUAAUGCUGGUUUUGAGAGUCAACACCAGCCCAGAAAGAACAAAGUUAAAGUGGCUGUUCUCAUCUCUGGAACAGGCACAAACCUUGCUGCACUCCUCAGUUAUGCAAAAGAGCCAGGCAGCUGUGCUCAAGUUGUCCUUGUCAUCUCCAACAAGUCUGGUGUGGAAGAACUACGAAAUGCAGCCCGGGCUGGAAUUCCCACGAGGGUGAUUGAUCAUAAGUUAUAUGGGAGUCGCUCUGAAUUUGACAGCACAAUUGACCGAGUUCUUGAAGAAUUCGCUGUUGAACUAAUAUGUCUUUCAGGAUUUAUGAGAAUUUUGUCUAGCCCUUUUCUCAGAAAAUGGAAAGGGAAAAUUUUGAAUGCUUCCCCAUCACUUUUCCCACCAAUCAAGGAUGGAAGUGCCCAUCAGCAAGCUUUGCAAAGUGGGUUCAAAGUCACAGGCUGCACCGUACAUUUUGUCCUAGAGGAAUCUAGUCCGAAAGCAGUGAUCCACCAGGAGCUGGUAUCUGUGAAGGCAGACGACACCGAGGAGAUGCUGUCAGAAAGGGUUAAAGAAGCCGAGUGCCGGGCUUUUCCCAUCGCCUUGCAGCUGGUGGCCAGUGGAGCAGUGCAGUUAGGAGCUGAUGGUAAAACCUACUGGAAACAAGAGAGCCAAAGCCUCUGUCUUCAAGAGGAGACGUGCACGUCCUCUCUCGUGGCUCUGGCGCCUCAAGAAAAUGAUGUGGUGUGGGCAGGUUUGUGA